AAGAUUGCUUUUCUUAAUUUGGGGGAUUUUUUUUCAUAGAGGAGGAGGAGCUGGUUCGUUUCUAACAAAAUAUCAUCUUUCCGAUGGCAGCGAUACAGAUGCUCGAUCAGGUUGAUGAUUCCGCUGAUUCACUGAUGCAAUCCGUCCGCGAGGUUCAAACGAAGAUGGCUCUGCUUCACACCACUGUUGGUGAGCUACUCUGUUCCAUGUCUGAGACCCUAAAUUCACUGACGGAGAUGAAGGACGCUCUUCUUUACCAACCCACAGCUCCCGCACCGUCGGAAUCGAAAGUUACGGUGGAUCAGGACCUCCCUGUAGCACCACCCACUCCUCCUCCUACGACCGCGCCGGUGGUGGAUAACUCAACCAACGAGCACCCCUUGGCUCGCUACGUAAAGGUGAGGAAGACCAGGAUCGAGAUGCCAGUGUUUGAAGGUACCAAUGUUAACUCGUGGCUCUUCCGAGCGGAACGAUACUUCGAGUUCGGGAGUUUCACGGAGACGGAGAAGAUCCGGUUAGCUUAUAUGAGUGUCGAAGGUCCUGCUUUGUGUUGGUUUAGCCUUGAGGAUCGUGAACCUUUUCUAGAUUGGAACGAUUUCAAAACUAGGGUUUUACAGAGGUUUGGGGAUCCCAUAUCUCCAUUUGAACGAUUACUCUCACUCAAACAGGAUGAAUCUGUUAUACGCUACCUUGGUGAAUUCGAGGAUCUCUCCACGCAAUGUUCGGGUCUCUCUGAUUCUGUUCUUGGGUCCUUAUUCGUCAAAGGGCUUAAGGUUGAGAUUCAGGAUAUGCUCCGUGUGUUUCAACCAAAGGGGUUGAGAGAUAUCAUCAUGAUGGCUCGUAGGUUGGAGAAUAGUCCUUUUUGCCGUGUGAUGAACCCACCACUUACGGAUUCUGAGUUUGAAGAUCUGUGUCUCCGCAGGAAGAACUACAACACUUAGAUUCUUACCCUUUUUUGGUGCUUUUGAGUGGCUUGUCUUCUGUGAAUAGGUAAGCUCUGUUAGAUUCUUGUAGUCAUCUUCUAGGCUCUAGCAUCGAGUGUUAUGUCAAAGGAACACAUUUUCUAUUCCCUGGCUUGCUUGAAGAUGGUGUUUCAUCUUUCAUGGAUUCAUACAAUUAAAGUCAGGGUUUUUAUCUAAUCUUUAUUGGCUCCCACCAAUUCUUACAAUUAAAUUGUUUCUUUUGGGCUAUCUUUUGUGGUUAUCUUGGUUGAAUAUGAAAACGUAAUUACAUAUC